AUGGACAAAGGAGAUGCUCAGAUUGAAAAACUGAAGAAUGGGGAGACAUUUUUAUUAUGGAAAUUUGAGUUUAACAUCUACAUAAAGGCGGCAAAUCUGACUACAACAAUUUCGUCAAAUGCUAAAGAAGAAGAUAAGAAAUCUGAUGCAUUAAUUACAAAAGAUGCCAUGGUGCAACGAAUAAUAAUAAACAGUAUAGACAGGAAAUUGAAAGGGCACAUUUUAAAAUGCAAAAAUGCUCUAGAAAUGUACACCAAGUUAUGUAACAUAUUUGGAGGCUCUGAACAAAGAAACAAGGCAUCAUUAUUACAAGAGUUCUUCACAUAUAAAUUACAAGAAGGUCGAUCACUUAGUGAAUUAAUAAGUGACAUAGAAAAUCUACAGUUUAGACUGAAUCAGUUAGGUGAAAACGUUAACGAACAAAUGGUUAUGUCAAAAAUAUUAUCCUGUUUGUCAAGUAACCUAAACUACUUCAUUACUGCUUGGGAAUCAAUGGCAGAUGACAAGAAAACCCUUACUAAUUUAACAAAUAGAAUAUUAUCUGAAGAAAAAAGAAUAUUAAAAAGCAGUGAAACAGAAAAACAGUUGGCAGUUCAAGCUACAAAGAAAAAUGCUUCAAGUAUAAUUAAAUGCUUUAAAUGCAAUAAAAGUGGUCACAUGAAGAAAGACUGUAAAGCCUGUAGUAUGUGCAAAAGGAAUAAUCAUGAAGAAAAAGAC